AUGCCGACCACCGGGUCCUGGCUUUCGCUGACGACCUCUGCCUCCGUCGACAGUGCCCCUGCCCUUCAGUUGAAGGUUGACGAAGCACGAGCAGGGCUGGAACGCCUUGGGCUCACGAUCAAUGCCAGCAAGUGCGCCUCCCUUCACCUCUCCGGACGACCCCCCGUUGGAGUGCGAGACAGCGUGUUCUCAAUCCUUGGGGCCCCGAUGAAGCCGCUAGCUGAAGGUGACGCUGCCGCGUUCCUUGGCGCCCAGGUGGGCUUCCAUGUAAUUCCACACAAGUCCACGCUCGCAGACAUCAUUGAGCUGGGACUCAAGAUUGCUAGGAGCAAGUUGGCUCCAUGGCAAAGAAUUGAUGCACUCAAAACCUUCUUCUUCCCCUCUGCGGUCCACCUCCAAUGCAUGGGAACGUUUGCCAAAACAGAUUGGAAGACCAUCGACGACAUAUUGCGACCAGAAAUUAAAGCCACCCUCAACCUCCCACAGGAGGCAUCAAAUGAAUACAUCUACGGUUCUACUUUGCGCGGAUGCUGCGGGAUCACGAGGCUGGCGGAGGACUCAGAUAUUGCAGCCAUUGACAGUGCCUUCAAACUCCUCACCUCCUCUGAUGGACGAGUCACGAGGGAAGCGGUUGACCACGUGAGGAGCGUCACCUGCCGGAGGAUUGGCCGAACCCCCUCCAACAAUGAGGUUGGUAGCUAUUUAUCCGGAGAUAAUGAGGGGCCCUUCCGCGAGAACCGAGGCAGUGGGGUUGCCAGCGUUUGGUCCCGCGCCCGUAACGCCUCCGGGAGACUGGCUGCAUCCUGGUCCCUGGACGGCCCCCCCUCUAUUUCCCACGCGGGAACUACUAUGCGUGCGAAGCAGAGGAGGGAAGUUAUGAAAACCAUUCGCGAUCACUAUCGCAUUGCAAGAGGCCAGGUGCUUAUUAACAAACCGGACCAAGGUAGCGCCAUGGAGUGUGUGGCUGUGCACGCCGCGUCCAACCACUUUUUCAAGACGGGAGACUUCUGCCGGUUCGCCGACUGGAGGUUCGUCCACAGAGCGAGGCUCAACCUGGUACCGCUGAAUGGGUCUUCAUCCUGGAGGACUGGUGACCGCCGAUGUCGACGUUGUGGGAACAACGUAGAAAGUCUCGCCCAUGUUGUCAAUCAUUGUAUGCGAUACACCAGCCUCUACAUGGCCAGACACAACUCCCCCGUAGCCAGAUUAAAAAAGGCAGUCGCCGGGAGGUUUGAGGUUGUGUCCGAGAACCAGGCGAUAUGCACUCAACGCCUCAGGCCUGACCUCGUUCUCAGGAAGGGCACCACAACCUUGAUCAUCGACGCCACAUUACCCUUUGACAACCGAAUCAAGGUGUUCGAAGAAGCCGCCACUGAGAAGAGGACCAAGUACGAGGGACUAAAAAAGGAGAUUGCGAAUGACCACCCAGGAGAAGUCACAGUAUUCCCGUUCAUUGUCGGCUCCUUGGGCUCCUGGGAUCCGGCCAAUGACGUUCUAGUAAAACUGCUAUGCAGCACAUCGUAUGCUAAGCUACUGCGGAAACUGUGUGUCAGCGAGGUCCUCGGAUAUUCAAGGGACAUCUUCACUGAACACAUCAGCGGGGCCCGAGCAAGGCACGGCUAA